AUGGACCCAGUCAAGUACAUCUUCAAGAAGCCUGCUCUCACAGGGCAGAUCGCUUGGUGGCAGGUGUUGCUAUCCGAGUUUGACAUCGUCUAUGUCAGCCAGAAGGCAAUAAAGGGAAGUUCCUUGGCAGACUAUCUGGCCCAACAACCCCUCAAUGAUUACCAGCCCAUGCAUCCUGAGUUCCCGAAUAAGGACAUCAUGGCCUUGUUCAAGGAAAAUCUAGAAGAUAAGGACAAGGACAAAUGGGUCGUGUGGUUCGACGGAGCAUCUAACGCCCUAGGCCACAGGGUUGGAGCGGCCUUGGUCUCUCCUGAAAAUCAAUGCAUACCCUUCACGGCUAGACUGGGUUUUGACUGCACCAACAACACGGCCGAAUAUGAGGCAUGCUCCCUCGAGAUCCAAGCAGCCAUUGACUUCAACGUCAAGUCGCUCAAGGUGUACGGAGACUCCACUUUAGUGAUUCACCAGCUGAAAGGAGAAUGGGAGACUAGGGAUCAUAAGUUGAUACCCUACCAAUCUUACAUUAAGAAGUUGGUUGAGUUCUUUGAUGAUGUCUCUUUCCAUCAUGCUCCUCGAGAGGAAAAUCAAAUGACCGAUGCACUUGCCACUUUGGCGUUGAUUUUCCAGCUGGCUUUGCAUGGAGACUUGUUGUGCAUUGAGUUCAGAUGUCACGGCAAGUCCACACAUUGCUAUCUAAUAGAAGAAGAGCAAGAUGGUAAACCUUGGUAUUUCGACAUCAAGCGAUGCAUUGAAAGCAAGGAGUACCAACCAGAGGCUUCUGACAACGACAAGAGGAUGUUAAGGAGGUUGGCGGCUGGUUUCUUCUUGAGUGGGAGCGUGCUAUACAAAAGAAACCAUGAAAUGGUUUUACUCUAA